AUGGACACCAGCGUCAACGCUCGAGCUCCAUACGACAAGUUCGCUAAUGGCCUGACCUUGAAUGGGCAACAGUCAUCAGACGCCGAGAAAUCCUUGCAAGGCGCCAGCCGCAUCAUGGUCGGCCUCUUUUCUCAAUGGAUUGCCGUCGGUGUCAUGCUUGGCCUGAUCUUCGGUGGAUGCUGCUCUAAUGUCUACGCCCUGGAAGCUAUCAUCAAAGUCGAGCCUUCGAGUGGAACACUGUUGACGUUUGUCCAAUUCCUCUUCGUAGCCGUGACCGGCUACGUUUCGCAGUUCGAUCGAUCGAGACCACCCUUCUUCUUACGACAGAACAAGGUGCCCCUGCGACGCUGGCUUAUCAACAUUGUGCUCUUUUUCAGCAUCAAUGUGCUAAACAAUCACGCUUUCAGCUACGAUAUCUCUGUCCCAGUCCAUAUCAUCCUGCGGUCCGGGGGCAGCAUAACGACAAUGAUCGCCGGGUCUCUAUACGGGAAGAAAUACUCGCGUAUCCAGAUUGUGGCUGUCAUUCUGCUCACGCUCGGUGUAAUUACUGCUGCGUGGUCGGAUUCUCAAUCCAAGAGUACAACCAAGUCAGCUGGGCAGAGUGAACGACCAGCUUUCGGGACUGGUCUGAUUAUACUUUUCGUGGCACAGGUCCUAUCAGCUAUCAUGGGACUGUACACCGAGGAGACGUACAAGAAAUACGGCCCACAGUGGAAAGAGAAUCUGUUCUACUCCCACUUGCUAUCUCUGCCGCUCUUCCUGCCCUUCAUGCCGUCCCUCGCCCGACAGUUUCAGCGUCUAGCCCACAGCCCGCCUCUCUCUCUGCCGAUGCUAGGACAGACAUCUGGAUUUACCCUUGGCGAGGAUUUGCAAGGGGGACUGGCCAAGCUUCACAUUCCGAGCCAACUUGCGUACCUCGUUACAAACGUCCUGACGCAGUACGCAUGUAUCCGAGGCGUCAACCUCUUGGCUGCUGUUUCCUCAGCACUGACAGUCACAAUCGUGCUGAAUAUUCGCAAGCUAGUCAGCUUGCUCCUCAGCAUUUGGCUUUUUGGAAAUCGUUUGGCGGCGGGCACAUUAAUCGGGGCUGUGAUUGUGUUUGGAGCAGGAGGGCUCUACUCCCUUGAUUCAAGGGCCAAAACCUCAAGAGUGCAAAAAGGCACUGACGCCGAAUAUUCUUCCCAAGACCCAACCUCUGCCUCGACUUCACCCAAGCGAGGCAACACAUUCUCGCUUCAUGACCUGGACACGGAUUCCGAGGGUGAUCUAGGCGCCCAUGAUUCCCGAGGUGACACGGGCUCCGAAAGCUCAGAGGAGCAAACCAAAGGCGACGCCUCAUCAGUGAACACCCGCCCUACCCACAACGAUAAGAGUCAUGAUGAGUCAGGUCUGCAAGACGGAAUGCUUCCUCGUGACCUUCCCACUCGCACCGCUUUCUACGACCCUGUUGCUGAACGCCAGAUGAGCCAAGCAGAUGCCAAGUUAUUCUAUCAGAGGAGCCAGGUUGGCCAAUUACGGACCGGCAGUGGUGUGUGGUCGCAAGGUCACUCCACGCCCCAUGGAAGCCCUGUAAUUGUGGGUUCAGAUCCUCGUGAUGUUUCCGCGGGCGCGAGUGCGGGCACAAGAGGCAUCGAUCAAGCUGUGGACUCUUCGCCAUUAAGCCAAGAGAAAGGGCAGUUGAGGGGGAAAACCUCGGCUCGCGAAGACUUGAUGCUGCCGGACCCUUCACAGCCGCCUGGGCAAUCGGUCGGCGGAGAGGGGGCCCCCCCUCCUCGAAAUAACCCCUUCCAGAACGAUUUGCACGAUAUCGCGCAAGAAGGAGCUCAACUGAAUACGGGUCACCUGUCUGACGCAAACCCGACGAUGUCCAGCCAGUCUGCAGCUCUUGGUGUUGCUGCAUUCUCAGAUACAGACCCCCAUAUCACGGCUGAGCUCAGCUCUAUCUCCAAGAACAUCCAAAGUAUUGUGCACCUUCGAAAGAGGUACAUUGGACUGUCCCUUCAAGGCCCCGAUGAUAAUCCCAAAGACAACGCAUCCUGGGCGAUCUACCCCCCACCUCCACAGCCAGCCUGGGGCGCUGAGCAUGCACGAGCAGCUGCAUCAACAGACGCUAUGAACAGCACUGCUAAUAGUCUAACCGGAAGCAUGGUCAUGCCGUCGACAGCGACAGGUCCGGACCUGGAGCCAAAACGGACGAUGAAGAAAAGGAAGCCGGGCCAAGAUAUUGGGGAGGAUUUCGAUAUGAAUGAUCUUCUGCCACUGCCCGCAGUUGACACAAUGACAUUCAAGCUGGAUGACAGUGGUGUCUACCAGGUCUUCGACAGUGAGGAUGCUCAGGCGAGUGGUGCCCCUCUCGUUCGUGUCCCUACUAUUCGCGAAUUCUACAUGGAUCUUGAUCAGAUCUUGAGUAUUUCCUCGGAUGGUCCUAGUAAGAGUUUCGCAUUUCGUCGGCUGCAAUAUCUCGAAGGCAAAUUCAACCUGUACGCUCUUCUCAACGAGUACCAAGAGACCGCGGACAGCAAGAAAGUCCCCCACAGAGACUUUUACAACGUGCGUAAGGUCGACACACACGUUCAUCACUCUGCGUGUAUGAACCAAAAACACCUUCUGCGUUUCAUCAAAAGCAAGAUGAAAAAAUGCCCGGAUGAGGUAGUGCUCUUCCGCGACGGUCGGCAUCUUACCUUGGCAGAGGUGUUCCAGAGCAUUAAUCUUACUGCUUACGAUCUGUCCAUCGAUACCUUGGACAUGCACGCACAUACGGAUUCCUUUCACCGCUUCGACAAAUUCAACCUGAAGUACAACCCAAUAGGCGAGUCCAGGCUCCGAACAAUUUUUUUGAAGACAGACAAUUUCAUCAACGGACGCUAUUUGGCCGAGAUCACCAAGGAGGUAAUUGCUGAUCUGGAGUCAAGCAAAUACCAGAUGGUCGAAUGGCGCAUUUCCAUCUAUGGCAAGUCACUCGACGAGUGGGACAAAUUAGCCGCCUGGGUCGUCGACAACAAGCUCUUUUCUCACAAUGUUCGAUGGCUCAUUCAAAUUCCUCGUCUGUAUGAUGUUUAUAAGGCAAGCGGACUCAUGGACACGUUUGAGCAAGUUGUGAAGAACGUAUUCGAACCUCUGUUUGAGGUGUCCAAGGAUCCAUCAAGUCACCCAAAGCUGCACAUCUUCCUGCAGAGAGUGAUUGGCUUUGAUAGCGUCGAUGAUGAGAGCAAGGUUGAGAGGCGUCUGUUCAAGAAGUUCCCAGUGCCGAAGGUAUGGGACUCAAAACAGAACCCGCCGUACAGCUAUUGGAUCUACUACUUGUUCUCCAAUAUGGCCUCGCUCAAUAUCCUCCGACAGCGUCGUGGCUUCAACACAUUUGCGCUCCGUCCACACUGCGGUGAGGCAGGGGAUAGCGAACAUCUUGCCGUUGCCUUGCUUUGCUGCCACAGCAUUAGCCAUGGACUGUUACUGCGUAAAGUCCCUCUUCUGCAGUACAUCUUCUACUUGGAGCAAAUAGGUAUUGCCAUGUCGCCUCUAAGCAACAACGCCCUUUUUCUAGCUUACGAGAGAAACCCGUUCUAUCAAUACUUUCGCAGGGGUCUAAAUGUCUCCCUUUCCACAGACGACCCUCUGCAGUUUGCCUUCACCAAAGAGCCGUUGAUGGAGGAAUACGCAGUGGCCGCCCAAAUCUACAAGUUGGGCUCCGUGGACAUGUGCGAGCUGGCAAAGAACUCGGUCAAGCAGAGCGGGUUCGAGAACGCAAUCAAGGAGCAAUGGUUGGGACCUAACUACAGCUUGCCCGGCAAGGCAGGCAACACCAUGGUGAAGACGAACGUCCCGGACCGCCGAGAGGAGUUCAGAUUUCAGACGCUCAUGGAAGAGCGUGACAUGCUUCGCAAAUAUAUUGCGUACGGUGCCAGGGCGUCUCCGGAUUCAAUGACAAGCGCCGACCAGCAAAGUACUGCUCAGGCCAUCAUAGCCGGUCAGCACGGGGCUCCGCGCGAACACCCCAGCGGAGGACUCGGAAACGCAUCUGUAGUCGCGGGUGGCGAGAAGCCUGAAUUAGACGUGUCAAGCACUAGGGCGGUCUUUCGGGAUGAUGUAGUCGGUUCACCUGCUAGCCUGCCUUCAUCCAAAGAAGCAUCAUGGGCAGUAGAUGCCCACAAUUUAAGCCAGGAUCCCAAAAUGUUCCCUGGUGUCGUCAGCCGAGGACAGGGGGGCGGCAGCAGCCAGACCAUCGAAGAAAGGCAUUCGUCAUAG